UCAUCACAGUGUCAUAAAGUGGCCCAGCAAUCACAUGUAGAUCAAGUAACACACGUGACGGCCUAAUCAAAAAGCCAAAUUGGGGAUCCUCCACAACUAUUUAUUUGAGAGUGGGCCUGCUCUCUUUGUUCUUUUUCUUUCUAGGAGAGAACUUUUUUUUUAACCAGUAUGGCUGUUUCAGCACAACAGUUGACAUCGUACUCAGCUACUUUAUACAAUGCAUCGCCCACGUUAUUACCAGAGAAUAUAGCCAGUUUUAUUACCGCAAUCGCCUUAGCUACGAGACUAUCACUACGAUGUUCAUCACUCUUGAUUGAAGCGCUUUUAGAAUCCGUGAAACACAGUACAUCAUUUUCGUUUGGAUUAUCAAGGCAGGCAUUGAUUAAUGCCUUAUCAACAGCCAAAAAGCUGCAUGAACUGACAGCGCCUUCUUCGUCAGUAAUUACUGCUGAUAAUAUGUCGAAAGAUUCACUCGAUCAAGAAAGAAAUGGGUUUCUACAGGUGCUCGAUAAAUAUACAAAUCUUGGUGUCUAUAUUGUACACCAUUCAUUCACAUUGGUUGAAUUGUUUACGUUAUCUGGUAUUCAAUUCACAUCUCAAACAAUUAAGUCUGGUCUAAUGGCAGCAGAAGAAUCCGUUAGUAUUAUUGAUGGCAUUUUUGGAUCGAACGAAUCAUCACGAGCGAUAGCCUCAAUUGUUACACUGGUAAAUCGUGAACUGACCCGAGAUCCUAAUUUUGCGCUUACAAAAGUAGGCAAAGUUGCUAUCCUUUCAGGUCUGACAAAAGCCAUGACAGCUUUUGCCGUACUUCAAAAUGUUACCCACAAACGUACCAUGAAGAAUAUGAAGACAACGGUACUAUGGAAAGGUCUGGUAGUAGAAGAAGAUACACAAAAGGCAUUGAUACAAUACAAAGAAGAGAACACAUCUGAGCAUGAUGAUAUUAUUCACGAAUUAGAAGAAAUUUUGGCAGGGAAUACAGAUGACAAUAAACGACUUAGUGUGUCUUCCAACAAGUCAAUAGAUUUGGCUCUAGACAAUUUUGGAAAUCCAUAUAAUAUGUAUGAAGUCACAACAACUACAAAUCGAAUCACAACGAGAACCACUCAGAUCAGACCUAUUGAUGUUUAUGGAUUUGAUCAACCCAAGACCAAACAAAUUGUAGAAAAAACCAACGAAGAAGAGCAAGAGUCUUUUAUGGCUGCCAUUGAUCCUUACUCUCAAAUUACUUCUUGUGCUACCACCCCUGACGAAUCGAGUGUGAUCCCAUUUGAAUCUGACGUACCAAUGCCAGUGAAAAAGAAGGGUUUAGGCUUUAAGAUUAUGCUAUCAUCUGUAUCAAAAAAACUGUCGCGAAAGAAAGUGGAGCGGCAAACACAAUACGGGGUCAUGACACAAGAUACUUUAGAAGAAACUGUGGAUGGUCCUAUCACAACCAUGACAAGUACAUCCACCACAUUACAAUCAUCUUACUCACAGCGGGACGAAAAAUCUUUACCUUCUGUACCAUUUUCAGAUGACCCUGAGCCUGAUCACAAAUCCAAACGACGCAUGUCUUGGAGCGGUAUGAAAUUUAAUCUCGCCAAAAAAAAGAGCGUAUCGAACCUAUUUCAAAAAGGAGUUGAAACCCUAGCCAAGAAAAGAUCACCGCCGCCGCCAAUGCCUACAUCCCCAUACAUACACAAAUCCAACUCAAUUAAUAGUCUAGCUUCACUUUCUAGAACCUUAAAGACUACAACGUUUUACACAACACCAUCAAAGACUUUGCUACGGUCUCCUUCAGUACCUGCCAAGCUUCACCAAAAGAAGGAAACAUCUCCCUUGGAUACCGAACCGAAUCCAAGAAAUUUUCCACGAAAACAUAUUAUCAAUAACAUUGCUCAUUUUAUUCGUUAUGCCAGUGCAGCUUACGGAGAAUCAUUCAUGCGUAUCUUGGGUAUUGGAGAUAUUCCUAGUGUCCUUCCUAACUCUCAUCACCCCAAUCAUCACGCAUUUGCUCAUCAUACCGGUGUAGCUAUUGAAGAUAUUUUACUUUCGAGCUAUACAGACACCACCAUUCUUUCUUCUGUAAGUAAUUCCAAGUUACAUGCAUUAGUUCAUUAUGUCACGGUUGAUCAUAGCGCACAAGCCAUUGUCUUGACAUGCCGCGGUACACUUGGCUUAGGUGAUGUGUUGACAGAUUUGACGUGCGAGUAUAGAGAGUUUACAUUGCCCACAGAUCAACUCCCUCAUGCGCAUAACCCAACCGACGCAAAGAAUCAUCCGAGACAGUAUGUGGCUCAUGGUGGAAUGUUGGAGGCAGCACAGUUACUUGCUAUUCAAAAAGGCAAAGUUUUUGAAGCCAUUAAAAAGGGGUUAGAAGAACAUCCCAGCUAUGGCCUGGUGUUGUGUGGUCAUUCUCUUGGUGCAGGUGUUGCAAGCUUACUCGGUGUGUUAUGGAGCGAAGAAAAAGUCCAUUUUCUAUCCAGGCAUCUAGAAGAUGCCGAUUUAGAUGCUUUUACAACCUCUUCCAUCAAACGAGAAUCAUGCCCGUUUGUUACUUCUGAACUUUCUGGACUGCCAUCAGGAAGACCUAUUCAUUGUUAUACAUACGGUUCACCGUGCGUUAUGUCGCUUUCCUUGAGUGAGUAUUGUGGACAAGGAUUGGUGACAAGUGUAGUGCAUGCGUUUGAUAUUGUGAGCAGCUUGAGUCUUGGUCUCCUCCGAGAUUUCAAAAAUGUGGCAGUCAGCCUACAUGAAGAUAGCCACAUUACGGACGAGAUCAUGAAUCGAGUCAUUGGUAGAUAUCACAAGAAAUUGGAGGAAGAGGAGCAUGAUCAAUGGUUUUGGGCACUGAUCAAGACAAUGCGAGCCGAUAUGCGAGAAGAAAAACUGUUCCCGCCGAGUACAACAUAUUUAAUCGAGUCGGUGCCUCAAUUGGUCCAACAUUCGACAGAAGAAUCCGAGGGUUCAGCUACAAGCAAGCAUAAACGAGCUCAUAUGGUUCAAUUAAGCCGGUGUGAUGAUGUACAAGCUAGAUUUUCAGAGAUUGUGUUUUCUAGAACCAUGUUUAUGGAUCACUCGCCUAAUAUGUAUGAAAAGGCAAUUAAACAAUUAAAUAAAGGUUUUUUUGGAGGCCAUUAGAUUGCCCUUUAUAAUUGACAAUUAAUCUUUUUAAUCUGCGAGGUUGUAAUUUAACAAACGCU